UCUAAAAACACACGAACUAUGGCUGCUCAGGCUCCAUCAAGCAACACUUCAACUACACAGAUGUCUCAACAAAUCAGCACCAAAGAUACCUACAAUGUGUCUGCACAGGUGGAUACCAAGACUGUCCUCUCCUGCUAUAUUCACCAAAUAAAAAACCUAGUAAUGUUAAACUGGGAAAUACUCCUUAGGGACACAGUUCCCUGUAUCAUUGCUUAUAGAAAAUACAAGAAUGAAACCAAGGAAACAAACUGCUCUGGUGAAGGAAUAAACUGGGAAUCCAGAGCUGACUGGGACUAUGAGCUUCGGAUAAACCCAGUGACUAUCGCGAAUGAUGGCGAUUACAAAUGUGAAUUUGUAACGCCUGAAGGGAAUUUUGAACGUCUUUAUCACCUCAGUGUGGUAGUUCCUCCUCUGGUAAACCUGUCUAACGAAGGGGAUGAGUCUGCUGUGUGCAAGGCUGCUGCUGGGAAGCCCGCUGCCCGGAUCACGUGGGUUCCAGAAGGAGUCUGCGUUACUAGCAAUGAAACUCAUGAUAACAGGACCGUGACUGUGACGAGCAGCUGUAGCUGGAAAAGCUUCAACGGGUCUCGGGCCACCUGCUUCAUUUCCCAUUUGACUGGGAAUAGCAAUUUAUCCAUAGAGCGUCAAACCCCUGGACCUUCCACAUUCAUCUUUCCGGUUGUGAGUUUUUUCAUUUUGGGAUGUGUUUUGAACUCUGGAGUUUGCUUUUUCUUUUGCAAGACCAAAGAUAGCAGGGGCUCAGAACCUACUGACAACUGAGCCAACAUCAUGGAACCUGGAGCUCCACUUUCACCUGAGGAAUGGAACUCCUCAAUCCAAAUAACAACAGCUUUGUCCUGAUCAAUAGUUCUUCAACAUUUCCACAGUAAUAGAGCCCUUCGAUUUAAACAAGACUCUGGCACAAUCCUUGCAGGAAAAUCUUUAUCUGUAAUGCCUAAUCUUAAAUGAUAAAAAAAGACAAGAUUUGAGGUGUGUCGGGGUUUCUUGUAGCACAUGUUGAGAAACCCCAGCCUCGAAGAGGUCUAGAAUAGCAGGGGAAUGGAAUGGAAUUCUUAUUCUUGUCAGGAGGGCACAGGACAGUUUGAGUUUUCAAUCCUUUUGAUUUACAUUUUAUUUUUGUAAUUCCCCCAAACUGGAAACCAAUCAGGGCGAUGCUAGAGGAUUAUGAAGAAGAAGUUGGUUGAAAUUCAGCCUCUGGUUUCAAGAUGGCAAUAGGAUCCUAUUAUUUUAGCUCUUGGACAAAUGCGGCUUGUACAGAAAGGCGGAGAAAUGGCCUUUUCUGUUCACAUCUGGUUUUGGUGGGGAGCAAACUUUAGUCAGGCAAGCCUGAGUCUGGCUGAGUCCCACCCUGACAUCUACCCACACUCAGGCCCUAUACAGCCUGUGGUCUGCCCUUCAUCACAUUCUAGCACGGAAGUGGGGAUGUUAAAUAGCUCAAAGGCUGGAGCUGCAGAUUGAACCUUUUUCAUCCCUUCAGUGUUUCAUGGUUGUGACCUACACAAGUCCAUGACCAAGUCACAGGUGCAGGCCUUUAGCGUAUUCACAAAUAUCUUUAACUCCCCACUCUGGUAUUUGCCCAUGCACAUCCGUUUGUGGAACCAGGGCUCACCAGUUUUUGUCUGUUUGGAGAGCCCUAGGAUGGAGGCCAGAUGCUCAGACUCCUUACUUCCUGGGGGAAAGGGAGAGAGCAGAAGUCUCAGUCUUCUGGAGGAGGCUGUUGUCAGGGAGAGAGAAAGGAGUUUCUGAAGUUCAUCACUACAUUAUUACUGCAACAGAGAUGGCAACUGCUUGUCCCCAUCACAAACUUUUCAACUGAAGGACAAAGGUGAUGGACAGGGAUCCUGGGCACCAGUGACAGCUACUGCCACUACUGCGGGCAAAAUUGUCACAGCCAUGUUGAUUGGAAACCCCACUGGGCUGAUGGAGACUGGAGCUCUCUCUGUUUGGCAAGGAUAAGGGUGGGGGCGGUAUUCCUCUUUCAUUGCCUACCUUUUCUCUCUGUUCUUUCAAAGAUAGUGUGAAUUCAUUGCAAAGCUUAUUUCUAGUUUUUUAAAUGGCUUUUCAUCUUGUCUCUAAAAGCUAGCAUUAAAUUAAAUUGUGGUUAACCCAAAAAAACAUUUUGGUCUGCAUGUAUUUCUUUUGCUCAAAGGCAAUUGAGAGAGAAGUUAUGCUUGUUGACUGAGGGGGAGAGAGAGAGAGAGAGAGAGAGAGAGAGAGACAGAGAGAGACAGAGAGAGACAGAGAGA